AUGCUGGAUGAUUUGGGGAACCCCCAUUUUUGGAAACCUCCAUAUAUAAAUACAAGAGGUAUUAACACAUCGCAGUGCGGGCUUGAGCCUGGAACAUUGGCCAGGAUUGGUUCGAGUCAACGCCAGAGACUAAAUGAAGAAAGGCCAGGCCAGUCGCAGCAAGUGCAGAUUUGUUUGGCCAAUGCUGCGGAGAUUUCUUCCAGGAUCGGCUCUAGUCAACGUCAGAGAUUGAAAGAAGAAAGGCCUUAUCCCAGAUUCUUGCCACCAUUGCAGCGCUUGAUCACACGCCAUCCUCGCUUAUUUGUGGAUGCUCUCAAGGAGCCCCACGAAGUACUUGUGGGCGAGCGGCCCGAAUGGGCACCCGCCCAGAGCGAUCUACCGGAUGUGCUGAUGCAACAUUGUACAGAUCUCUUGCUGAAGGAACGCGAGCAAAAGGAGGCCUACGUGCCAUUUCAUCGUGUCCUUCUGAAAUUAGCAGCUGAGGGGCAGAUCCGAUGA